AAACAACGAAAACGUAUCUUGGGUGAAACAGCGCUACCCGUUACAACUUUCACUGGACAACCUGGAAACAAAAUGUCUGCCAUACAUGGAUUUUUUCGCGCUCAUAAAGCAGUCAAGACAUUUUCUAUUGUUGUGGCAGUGUUGGUUUUCUGUGUCCUCACUCCAAAUGUGGUUG